AUGCCCGUUUUUGGAUGGCUGUUUAUUUUAGUGAUAUUUUUGUUGAUUUUGAACUAUGUGAACAAUAACAGACCCUCACCAUACCUUAAAACGAUCCCGCUGAUCAAACCGUGGUAUCCAAUUUUGGGAAAUGCUAGACAUUUCAUGGGAAAAGAUAGACAACAGGUGUUCGAAUCGUUGAAGCAAGUGUUUAGCUGUCACGAGCGAAUCUUUCAACUUUGGUUUGGCAGCCGACUUACGAUCGGAGUAACUCAUCCCGAGUUGAUUCGAAAAUUGCUUACCAAUGCCGAUUGCGUGGAAAAACCUUUCUUCUACCGAUUUUCACGAGUCGAUCACGGCUUGUGGGCAGCUAAUGCUAACCUCUGGCAGCAACAGCGACGAGCUGUGAAUCCAACAUUUUCCAGUCGAGUUCUCAGCAGUUUUGUUCCCAUUUUUGAAAAUCUCUCGGCAGUUCUGGUCGAUCGUCUUUCGACACGUCAAGGGCUCGAAGUUGAUAUACUACAGUUUUCCUCUCAAAGUGCACUCGAAAUGGUUUGCGCAACCACAUUAGGAUCACGAUUGGAUCAACUGGAUACUAAAAAUAGUGAUUUGGAAACACUUUUGGAUCGAUUGGACAGACUUUCAGCGAUUGUGAGUAAACGAUUGUUCUCUCCACAUUUACACUCCGAUAUUGUUUAUCAGAGAACCUCAGAUUUUCGGAGAGAGAUGAAUCUGCGUAAAGAAUGCUAUGAAGUCACUUCGAGGAUUCUAGAACGGAAAAGGGAAAAUCUCCACCAAAAGUCACCACAAACUCCAAAAGUUUUCAUCGAGCAGCUUCUUGAUACGAGUCUGGUGAAGCGUCGUUUCACCGAUCAGGAAAUCAUUCACAAUGUGUACAGUAUGCUGGCAGCCGGAAGUGAAACGACAGCCCUAACUCUGGCAUAUGCUUGUCUUCUACUGGCUAUGUUCCAGGACGUUCAAGAGAAAGUUUUCAAGGAGAUCUCCGAAGUUCUUGACCCAGAAGACCCACUAACGGUUGAAACACUCACCAGACUCCGAUAUAUGGAUCAGUUUUUCCGGGAGACCAUGCGAUUAUGCCCGGUGGCUCCCCUCAUAGCUAGGGAAACGACCUCGUCAAUUGAGCUGGAUGGAGCUAGAUUUCCGAAGGGGACCGUCUUUUUGAUGAGCAUCUUUGCCCUGCAUCGACGGAAAGAUCUUUGGGGCCCGGACAGUGACAAGUUCAAUCCAGAUCGAUUCGAAGAAGGCAAUUCAUUAGAAGGACGUGAUCCGUUCGCAUAUAUCCCGUUUUCUGCUGGAUCAAGGAAUUGUAUCGGUCAUCGAUAUGCCAACAUCAGUAUGAAAAUUAUGAUAGUUCAUAUUCUAAGAAAAUUUAGGCUGAAUACAAGCCUUCGCUUUGAGGAUCUCAAGUUUGAAAGUGGAAUGAUGCUGUUUCUAGCAGGACAGCAUCUAGUCCGUCUGGAAACCAGAGGGACAUAG